AUGGUGCCAUUCUCUUCGAAAUCGGAUUUGAAGAAUCGAGCAGUCUCCAUGUUCACCUUGAAGGAUCUUCAGGAGAAGCUUACAUCAGCAGAGGGAUCAGUGAUGGAGGAAGAGAUGAGACAUCCUGUCCCUCCACCUCCACCUCCACCCCCUCCUCCGCCACCGCCUCCUCCACGUGAACCUCCAGCUAACCCCUUGGCCGAGUUACUGAAGAGAAGGCAAAAGAAUCAAACAGGGGAUGGGCCGAACACCCAAGACUCAGUCAACCUCAAUGAUCUCAAGGUGAAAGCUGUGAAUGAGAUGAUGGAGAGGAUCAAAACUGGUGUCAUCCUGAAACCCACCAAAAAGAAGAUAGAGGUACAAUGA